AAGUCAGCUCCUUUGUCUUCCAUUAAAUGCUAAACUAAAUGAGAAGCAUAUGACUUUGCUUAAGUCUUUAUUGCAUGAAACUGCAGUUGGUCCAGUUAAAGCUUUGAACGAUAAGAGCAACUAUAUUAGCAUAUUAAGUUGAAUCUUUUCCAAUUUAUUAGGAGAGCCGGACUGAUUUAUCAUUUUGCAUCCAAGACUGCAUGCUGACCCAGCCUUAUUUACCCUGCAGAAGGUGCUUUUAAAGUUUGACAGUUUUUGUAGUAGUAUCAUUUCAGACUGCUGAAAAUAAUCUCACUCUUGUCUAGCCAUUUGGAAUUAAUGCAGAGAAAACCUUAUUGAAACAGUCACACAAGAGAUCUCAAUCAGUGAAAACGUCACAAAGAAAUCAUUCUGCUUAGUCCUUCCAGCUCAAUUCAAGCCUCAGCCUCUCAAAAUGAAGACGUUGCAGAAAUUUGGUCUCUUCUUUUAUUUUUUGUUGCCCUUCGUGAAGUUGGCACCACCUAAACACUCAGCCACAUUUUAUGACCCUGGUUUGGCUGCUCUUGAAGAGACGAUAUUUAAGCAAAGUUAUGAAGACAUAAUAUUUAAGGAGGAUUAUGAAGACAAACCACAGGAUGCAGUAAAAAAUCAGGAAAGCAAUGAUAUGCUCCUUUUCCAUGAAAAUGAACUGCAAGUGCAGAGAGAUGAAGAGAUACUUAGUGAGGGAUCAACAAAUUUAACAGAUUUGGCUACUUGUCUGCUGUGUGUUUGUUUAAGUGGUUCAGUUUACUGUGAAGAAACAGAUAUUGAAAGUGUUCCAGCUCUGCCAAAAGAAACUGGCUAUCUUUAUGCACGUUUCAACAAAAUUAAGAAGGUGAAAGUAUCUGAUUUUGCUGAAAUUCCCACACUGAAAAGAAUAGAUUUGACUGGAAAUAUGAUACAAGAUAUUGAAGAUGGAACCUUUGCAAAACUAGUAUUAUUAGAAGAACUUUCACUCGGUGAUAAUAGACUUGCCAAGCUUCCAGCUUUGCCUCCAAAGCUAACUUCACUGAAAGCAAACAAUAACUUUAUUAAAAGCAGAGGAAUUAAAGCAAAUGCUUUCAAGAAGCUGACCAACUUGUCAUUUCUCGACCUAGGACACAAUUUACUCGAGUCUGUCCCACUUAACUUGCCAGAGAGCCUGCGUACUCUGAAUCUUCAGUUCAACAACAUAACCAGCAUCACAGAUGAAACAUUCUGCAAAGGGAACAAUCAGACCCGUUACGUUCGGCAACGAAUGGAUAUCAUAAGAAUGGAUGGCAACCCAGUUGUCUUGGGAAAGUAUCCCAAUGCUUUUAUGUGCCUGAGAACCUUGCCUAUAGGCACAUACUUUUAAUUAUUAACAAAACUGAAAAUGGUAAAAAGUAGGUAAAGAUUACCAUUUUAUCACUGUUUCAAUUUGUCUUUCCAUGUUAGUAUAUUCACAUAUGUAUAUUCAACACUUUUAGCCGUUAUAACUUCUACCUUAACUUGGCGAAAUUGCACCUUCUGAUUUAAUAAGCCUGAGCCUUUUUUAUUUCUAGAACUUAGACUCAAAUAUAAAACCAGUAACAUAUUCUUUUUUCAAGGGACCCAAUCUACAGGCAAUGCCCCAUCUAUGUGCAUUCAAUAUGUGCACGACCAUGUAUAUGCGCAUCAUGCUGAACCCGGAAGUGGCCCAAAAACAUCACAAAAAGAGGCAGAACGGGGCGGCGGAAAACAGGGUGUUUGCAGGCUUUUCUUUUCAACUGUGUUUCAAAUAUACACUAUUUCACUGACACAUGCAGUACCUCGGAACAUAACCCCCACGUAAAUGGGGGCUUGCCUGUAUACCAAAAGAAUAAAGAAUUUUUUUAAAAAAUGCUUUAACACUGUGUGGGGAAUAAUCAGCUGAUGUAGAGAUAAGGGGUAGCAUUCUCAUGUGACCAGUAUAAUGUGUUUUAUAUAGGAAACACAUAAUGCACAACAUGGGAGAAAUGAGACAGACUUUGCUGAAGCAGAAUAAACGUUUGUUAUUUUCUAGCAAACAUAAAGUAGCUGAAUUUAAGACACCAGUUUUUUGUCUAAUGGCAAAUUGGACACAAUAUAUUGGAGAUAAAAUGGAGGCAACAAACAGCUUUUCAUCUUUAAUCAGUAACAGAACUACAAAUAGAUCUGAGGAUGUUUCCCAUUGUUUAAAGUUGGCUUCUGAAUCUUGGCUUGUUGGGAAAUCAUUAAUCACAAUUCCCAGUUUGCCUUUAAAGCCAACUUCUUAGUUUGCUUCUCCACUCACAGAAAGGGAAGUGUGAAGAGAUAGCAAAGGGUCUGGGUUAAGGUGCAUGAACCUCAUACAUAUCCUAGCUUAUUAAGCCAAGAUUUCAUCAUGUGAAUGAGACCAGUCAGAUUGAGUUGUUUAGAUUUCUGAAUCAGAAAUAGUCAGCACCUGAAACUCAUGCUUUGCAAUAUUAAUAUUGCUUAAAAGAUACCAUGCAACAUAGUCUAUGCAUUGACCACUGUUACCAAGAAACUAUUACCGGUACUCACUUUCUGAAAAACCCUGAAGAAUAUUAAUAACUGAAAAAUUCAUAAUGCACCUUAUUGACACUCUUUAAGCUCUGUCAGUAUAUUUAGAAGGGAAAUGCAUCCAUUUUGGUAAUAUUAAGUACAAUCCUAUACAAUUCAAAUAGGUAUUUACAGACAACCACAAUCUUAUGCACAAUUCUAAGUUAGUCCUAUUGAGCUCUGUGGAAUUUGAUUCUACCCUGCAUAGUUCUUUGCAGUAAGAAUAAGCAAUAACUGUGAAUUUUUAUUGUAUUUAAUAUAUCACUCUCCUCAAGCCACCACAUGACUAUUUUUAGAUUGUGGUAUAUGUGUUGUGAUCAGCCAGAGUUUAAACCCUUAUCUCAAAACAGAAGUCAUUUGGGCUGGUUUGAAUAUAAUUGUCCAACUUUGUGCAUGUCAGCUGAAGACUUCUUUAUCAGUAAAUUCUGAUCUGUGAUCUCUUUUUUUCAUACCAGAUGUUCUUUUCUGAUUUAAUUAUUCACUAGCAUUGAAGAUUUUUACAGCUAUUAAGCUCUGCUCUAGCUAUGCUGCUUUAAUUGUACUAUGUAUCCAAUCUCAUUUACAUGGCAAAAUCUUUAGAGAUUACUGUUUGUUGUUAGUUUGUGUGUGUUACCUAUUGACUAAAACUCUAACAUGUCUAAUAAUACAAAUCAUCAGAAAGAAAAAGUAAGAUAGAGGACAUACUUCACUAUUCCUUUGUAAGUAAAUGGUCUUCUAUGACUGGGCAAAAAUGGUAAUACAUCUUUGGCAAAAUAUGUGGUUGGGCAAUGGCACCAAACCUCACUUCCAUUGUAUUACCUCAACUCUUUCCCUGUUUGAGCACUUUCAAUCUCCACCUACAGCCAGGUAGAUUGAAAGUUUAUUUGAUCAGAGCAUCUUCCUCACUCUUAUGUUCCAUGAUUUGCCACUCCUUCUACUACAUCCUAUGACAGACAAAUUGAACUCUUUAUUUGCUCUCCACUAAAGCCUUCUCCCCUUCCCUCAAUAGGCAUAUUGGGGGAUCCUCAAAUUGUUGUGACCCAGUCCCCAGUUCUCUUCUAUGCCAAUUCCAGAGUUACCAGACUCUGAAUCUGUGACUAACAGUUCAGACUUACAGAUUCGUCUUGUCAGCCUACCAACCACACAAUGCUCUUGACUCUCCCAGAACCUCAACAGAAAAGUUUCAACUCAGCAGUCCACACAACCAUAAAACAUUAUUUUUGAGGAACUGAGAUUUCUAAAAUAGCACAGAACCAAACAACCAUGAAUUUAUAUUUCCCCCAAAACUUGCAGUACCAUUAAAUUAACUCAUAUUUCAAAAACCAAUGUCAUUCAGUUUUCUUUUGUUCCAUAAUGCAACUGGUUAACAGAGAAAAAGGAAGGUUUGAAAGAAAACAUAACUUUUCAAAACACUACCUUGAAAUGGGUCAAAGUGCGUUUCCGAUGAUCAUAGCACUCAGUGAAAUAGGAGAGGCAUUUGAAGAACAGCAAGAGAUUCCCACUCUCUUCAACUCUAGAAAACAACAUUAUGCCAUUAAAAAAAAUAUUUUCUCACACACACACACAUAUAUCUUUAGAACAUCAUUAGAUUAUCUUUAGGCUCUCUGUUGGAAAGAACUUGCUAAAGCUGUUCAAACCAAAUACCACAUCAUUUUAUGUAUCUACUGUUUAGGGUGAUUUGUUUUACUGUUUUAAACAGAUCUUGAGAUGCUUAGUCCUGAUUUGGAUACAGUGCUAAUCCAUAGUUUGUUUAGUUUAACUAUAAUUUGUUUGUACAUCUCAAACCAUAGUUUGGGGCCAGCAAACCAGUACUGUAGAUUACAGUUUGGAGUUGCUUUGUAAAACUCCAUUUGCAUUAACUGUGGUUUGUAAUUACAUCUGUGUUCCAUAUCCUGAUUUAAUUCUAGUUUGUUGCAUUGCUCCACGAAUGUUGCACACUCGACUACACAGACACAAGUGAAGAGUUGCUGAAAACUAAUCUGCUUGCUUGGUUAAGAAACUGUUACUGACACUUUCACAAACCUCACACACCCUAUUCACUCUGGCUGGCAGCUCCAUUCCCUACCAUCUCAUGACUGUCAAGCUUCCGACAGCAAUGAUGGAGUGGGAAGGCAGGGAAGAGACCACAGGCACUUUUACUUAUAUCUAACAAGGAAUACAUAUCAAAAGCACACAUUUGCAAGCCCUACCAUCACCAACAAACUCUGGGCAGGAUUAAUCUAACGAGUCCCAUCAGCAACUCCUGAAAUUGAUUAAGGUGAACAAAAAAGAAAAUGCUUCUGAAGUUCUCCAGCCAUGUGAGAGAUGGGAACAUAUAAGCCCAAGGGUCACUGCAAAUUGUGCAAGUCACGCUAAACCACUGUUUACAGUCACAUGAAAAUGAAGCCAUUAAAAGAAAAUUGUAACUUCACACAUGCAAAAAACAACAACUUAUGAACCACAAGCUACAUGUGAUAACUUUUAAUGAUGUUGAACAAGGAAAUGUUUCAGAAUAGUUGGAUUCUACAUUAAGUCUUACC